AUGAGCCGUCAGCCAUCUAUUAUGGGUUUCUUUAAAAAACCUCAAUCUGCAAUCUCCUCCCCCAUGAAAGUUGCAGAUUCUGAGAAAAAUCAAGAACAUCAGUUGAAAGAAACUACUAAGAUGGAACAUUUCAAAUUCACCAAAUCUCAAGAUACUCUUACAAAUUAUCGAAAUUCUUCCGAAAAGCAAUUGGUCCAUGAAAAAUUCAAAGAGAAACUAAAGCAUCACAAUACCAAUGGUGUAAAAAGGAAAAUAUUAACAGAGGCCGCCAUUGAAAACCAAGUGUUGCAGCCGAAGAAGAAAUUAGCAAAGGCUAAGAAAUUGACACCUUUAGAAACUCAAAUUGUCGAUCUAAAGCAGAAAAAUAUGGAUAAGAUCCUUGCCAUCAACGUGGGCUAUAAAUACAAAUUUUUUGGCCCAGAUGCUAGAAAAGUUGCUGCAAUUCUCAAUAUCAUGGUUAUUCCAGGUAAAGAAUCAAUUGAUGGAUCAAAUCCCAAUGACAAAUUGUACGAUAAAUUAGCCUAUUGCUCAAUUCCUGAUACCAGACUCCACAUUCAUUUGAAGAAAUUGAUUUCUCAAGGUUUGAAAGUAGGAGUUGUAGAGCAGACAGAAACUGCAGCAGUCAAAUCGUUAAGUAGUGGCAAAAAUUCAUUAUUUGAACGAAAAUUAACAAAUGUUUACACCAGUGCGACAUAUAUUGAAGAUGAAAUGGAGGAUGGAGUGUUUGGUACGAAAGGUGGUGAUUGUGUUGUGGCGAUAAUGGAAGAUAAAAUCCCAGAUUCCCAUGGGUUAUUGCAGAUGUCCGUUGUGUCGGUGAACCCAGUUAACGGAGAAAUUCUACAUGAUCAUUUCCAAGAUGAUUUUUCAAGAAAUGAGUUAGAGACUAGGUUAUAUCACCUCCAACCAAGUGAAUAUGUAGUUAUGGAUAAUCUUUCUUCACGAACUCUUGAUAAAAUCAAGUUUUUUCAGAAGCUAAAACAUAAGAUUAGAAUUAAUCAGGUUAUUUCAUCGUUUGAUUCCACUUUGACUACAUAUAAUCACAUUAAUGAUUUGACCGAUUAUUUCAAAGACAUUCCUAAUGAUUCGAAGGCCGAAUUGAUUGAUUUUGCCACCGCGUUGCCAGACCACACUCAAUCGUGUUGUUGGUUAUUGAUCCAGUUUCUCAAGGAGUUUAAUCUUGAUGGGGUCUUCAAAGUCAAAAUAAAUUACAACCCAUUUCAAGACUCAGUAGCGAUGUUACUUAACUCCAAUACCUUGGAAUCUUUAGAGAUUUUUCAGAAUUCUACUAAUGGCUCAGAAAGAGGCUCAUUACUUGAACUAUUAGACCACACGAAGACCGUUUUUGGCUAUAGAUUGUUAAAGCAUUGGAUAAGUAAACCUUUAAUCAAUAGAGAGAUGAUCGAAGAAAGAUUGCAAGCCAUUAGUGAUAUCAAAGCUAAUUUUAGCAAAGGCGAUUUAUUCAUGGAAAGUUUGAGCAAUUUGCUCAGCGAUUUACCAGAUUUAGAAAAAUAUUUAAAUAGAUUGCAUUACAAAAAAUCCAAUCGUAAAGAAAUCUAUUUGUUCUUGAAAAAUAUGGAUAAAAUCGUUGGAAUACUACUGAACCCUAUUGGCAUUACCCAGAUCAAAUCACCAUUACUCUUGAAAUGUUUAACCAAUUCUUGUCGAAUUGUUAAAGAAAAUUCUAAAAUGGUGAAGGAGUUUCUUGAAGUGAUUGAUAUUCAGGCAGCAAUGAAUUACAAAGAAAAGGAUAUCCAAAUAGCCAAGUUCUUCAAUAAAAAAUUCGGUGAUUACGGUGAAAUUGAAACUGUGAGAAGCAAGAUUCAGGAGAUCGAAAUUUCUUUAACAGAAGAAUUGGUGAAAAUUAGAGGGCUAUUAGGUAAAUCCUAUUUGGAAUACAAAUCUGUCGCCAAAGAAGAAUACCUCAUUGAGAUUGGCAGGAACUCGCUCAAAAAAAUCCCGAAGGAUUGGAUUAAAAUUAACGAUACUAAGUCGGUGGUCAGAUUCAGGUCACCAGAAGUUAUCCAACUAUUAAAACAACUCAAUUUUCAAAGGGCUAAAGAGGUUGAAGUUUGUGAAAGUUUAUUCAUUCGUUUCUUGGGGAAAAUUGAUGGUUACUAUUCAGAAUUCCAUUCAGUUAUCAAGAAUCUUGCAAUCUUUGAUUGUUUGUUCUCUUUGACUGCCGCUUCUUUUAGUGCUUAUUCAUAUGUUCGUCCAAGCUUUGUUGAUCAACAAAUCAUUAGUGUGAAAAAUGGCAGACAUCCAAUCAUAGAAUCUUUAGUGAAUAACUAUAUCGCCAAUGAUAUUAAUAUGCGAGACUAUAGAUCCCGAUCAUUGGUCUUGACCGGUCCAAAUAUGGGGGGUAAAUCAUCUUAUGUUAGGCAAAUCGCUCUCAUCGUCAUUAUGGCCCAGAUUGGUGCUUACGUCCCUGCUGAUCUGGCAGUCUUGAGCAUUUUUGAUGGUGUAUUUACGAGAAUGGGUUUCAAUGAUAAUAUUUUGAAAGGAGAAUCGACAUUCAUGGUGGAAAUGAGAGAAUGCUUUAAUAUUCUCCAGCGCGUGACCAGCAAAUCUUUGGUAAUUCUUGAUGAGGUUGGAAGAGGUACGGGAACCACUGAUGGGAUUUCAAUAGCUUACAGUAUUUUGGAUUAUUUGACAAAUAAUGAAGAUAACAAGCUUCCAUUCGUAUUAUUCAUAACACAUUAUACUGAAUUAUGUGAGAUUGAGAAGCAAUACCCCAAACUAAUCAAGAAUGUCCACAUGGAUUACACAGAGUUCAAAGAAAAUGAAGAGGACAAUUUGGGAAAUGUGGUGUUUUUGUACAAAGUAACUGAUGGCUUUGCUAAAAACUCUUAUGGUUUGAACGUUGCCAAACUUUGUUCGAUUCCUGAACUGAUUGUGAAUCAAGCUUAUGAAAUUUCCAGAUCGACAGAAUCAAAAGUAAAAAAGAAUAGAAACAUUCACUGGGGUCUAAAAUUUAGAGAUUUGGUAAAAGAUUCAAUUUCUUGUGAGAGUACAGCAACCUACGGCUUCAAAGAUAAAAUACUGCAGCUCAUGGAUGAAGAAAAUUACCUAUGA